CCUGCUCCAUUAUGGCUUCGAAAUGACUCUACAGGAUUUGGUUGAGCUGUAUUUUUACCUUGGACUUCAUCACAAGGACAUUACUACUUUGCUUGCAAGUCGCCACCGUUUUAUUGUCUCCGAACGACAUUUGAAACGGCUGUUGAGAUCCUAUGGCCUGUUUCGGAGGAAGAACUAUGCCAGUUACGAUCGAAUAAUUACUUUCAUUCAGGAACAAUUGCAAGCUUCUGGACAAUUACAUGGUUAUAGGUGGAUGUAUGCAAAAUGUCAGGAGAAUGGAUUACGUGUCCGCAAAGAAGACGUGCGUUUGAUUCUAAAAGAACUGGACCCACGGGGUGUUGAACUCAGGGCAUCCAGGCGUCUGUUGCGCCGAUCCUAUUUUGCAAGAGGACCGAAUUUUAUUUGGCACUUGGACUCCUACGAUAAACUCAAGCCAUUUGGGAUUUGUAUCAACGGCUGCAUUGACGGGUUUUCACGGAAAAUCAUUUGGAUGAAUGCUUUUACGACAAGCAGUGAUCCCAAAAUCGUUGGAGGCUACUACAUAGAGGCAGUGGAGAAACUUGGUGGUUGUCCAAGGAUUGCGAGAGGCGACUUGGGCACAGAGAAUGUUAAAGUCAGAGACUUUCAGCGUUUUCUCCGUCGCAACAUACAGGAUGGCUCUUCUAUCGACAGCUACAUUGAAGGGGCAAGCACGGCAAACCAGAGGAUAGAAAGUUGGUGGGGAUCCCUCAGGAAGGAAUCUAUGGAUUUUUACAUCACUCUGUUUGUUGAUCUGAAGGACCGUGGUUUGUUCGACGGUGAAUAUUUAGACAAAAGUCUAAUUCAGUUCUGCUUCAUGGGGAUCAUCCAGGAUGAACUGGAUGAGACCAUCCGUGUGUGGGAUUCACACGUCAUCAGACCAUCCAGGAAUGACCGGGUACCCAGUGGUCGGCCCAGAGUCAUGUACAUGUUCCCAGAACUCUACUCAACUGAAGACUGCAUUUCUCUGGUGGACAGUGCUGAUGUGCAGCUGUGUCGAAGUGAAAGCACAUUUCGACCAUCAGUGCCAUGUGACGCAGACAUCUACAACCUCUGCAACAUUCUGAUGGUGGAGUCACAGUUGCAUCUGCCAGCUGAUGCUUAUGAAGCACUGGAUUUGUACCUGGAAUUGAGGAAUCAAAUCAGAUCCUCUCUCUAAUUUACCACUAAAAGAAAGAUAACAAAAGAUGCAGCUUCCUUGGUGCUUUUAAAGCCAAAAGGAUAGACUAUUGUUCCAUUUGGUUUUUUUUUAAUUAGUGAUGAAAAUGGUACUGGAAUAUUAAGAAAUAUACUGUCCUUGACUGUUUUGACAGACAGAAUAGCUGUUGAAUGACUCUUCUGAUCUGAAUUCUGACUGCCACGCGAACAAUUUCGCUGAACGUGAUGUAGAUCACCUGGCCAACAUAGUGUGUGAUGAAACUGCCCAUAUUUGGACCACGAAGCCUGGUCUCCAUCAAGGAAAGGACUCCAUGCAUGACAAAGCAUACUUGAUAAUUGUGGUUGUAAAUAGAACUUUUCAUUUUAUCCAAAUCGAGAGAGAGAGAGAGAUGCCAAACAGCUUUGUCUUUUCUGUUUAUUGAAGAAUG